AUGAAAACCCUGCCUCAGUUCACGAAGAUCAGGGGUGACAAUCACCAUACGACGAUUGAUCAGGCACAGUUAGGCCAUAUGUACAAGUAUUUAGCUCAACACGUUCUGUUACGGGUUAUGCUAAUCUGCCAGACGAUACCAGCGUCACAGACGUGGAACGGAUUAUCACCGAGAAUUUCGGGCCAGCAACCAAUAUGUUUUGCCCUUCCGACGGAUCUCCAUCAUCAAGCUCGCAGUAUGAACCAGGAUACCAUGGUGGGAGCACGUUUACAUCUAGUGAUGUUAUACGAGAUGUCCCAGUAUGUGACUACAUCGAUUAUUUACCAGGUGGAUUCGCUCUUACACCCCGCACCUAAUGCUGGAAACACCUUUGCGACACCUCAAGUUAGCCUGCUGGACGCGGCCAAGGAAGCCAGUUUCGGACGUAUUCUGGACCUCCCUAUGCCACCUCAGCUUCCGCAGACCACGACCCCACGCCAGGGACCAGCGGUAUUUUUAAUGUGGUGUCAAAGGGCCCUUCAUGAGUAUGCCAGUAACCCAAUUAACCUGCCGACUCGCGACAAUGGAAGGACCGGCAAUAAGCCGAACAGCGACCAUUCUUUGCGGCAUGCAAGGGACGUUGAUGAAAAUUUGACCGAUCGAAGGCGCACUUCGCGCUAUCAUCUGGUGAACAACGGUACUGGCAGCGUGGAUAUCACUGGAAGCAAGUCUCGAUCUCAUGACGGUGACGGACCAAACCGUGAGACGUACGAAGAAUGGUACUUAACCAGAAGUUCAGCCCGUGAUUUACGGGAUAUCCUACUGUCCCAGCGUGCGAGUAAGCACCCGGUGGCUUUCGAUCUAACUAGACGACAACCAUCGCCGAGCGCGGGUGACGAUGAAAAGGCACUUUUUGCGUAUAAACAGGAGAUUGAUCGUCGGCAGAUACUUUUGGACAAUAAAACCAUCGCUGAUACGCCAUUCCCGGACUUGACAGGGUUGAUCUGUAUGUUUUUUUACUUCGGUUCAGACUAUGACACAGCAUAUGCGGUGGAGACCUACAGCAGCCGAGCGAGUUAA